GUGAUAUCCGGACAUUCCAUCAAGAUGGCGGGCGGGCGGACCGGCAGCCGUGCGAAGAAGCGCAAGACCCGUGCGGCCGUACCGCUCUACACGCCACCAGCCAAGCAAGGGCCGAAGGAGGUCGCUGAUGGCAAGGAGCAAGCUCCACCAGCAAAGAAGUCCAAGGCUGGGCCGAAGAACCCCAGCGCCGCGCUGGUCGUCGCGCCGGUCAAGCUGCCGCCAACGCCCGCUCCAGAGACGAACCCGCCAGUCGAGAUCUCGUCCGGUCCAGGCGAAGCAGGCGCCAAGAAGAAAAAGAAGAAGAAGAAGACCAAGAACAAGGCUGUGUUUACGCCAGCCGUCUCUCCCAUUGCCGCCUCCGACACGGCGGCGAAGAUACCCCUUGCCGCAAGUGCCCCGGCCAAGGCGAUACCAGUCAAAAUGACUUCAGUCAAGGCGACUUCAGUCAAGGUGGCUCAUGUUAAAGCAGCUCCGGUCAAGGGGGCUCCGGUCAAGGGGGCUCCGGUCAAAGCGAUCUCGACAAAGACGUCGCCGGUGGACGCCAAAGUGCGCCACGUCGCGACCACAGCCGCGCCGGCGAGCGCAACUGUGUCAAUGUCUAAAGAUGCUGCAGCUCUUGCGCUGGCUCGAAAGCGCCGGUUUGCGUCCGACACUGGUGUCCUCCCGACCAAGAGCACGGUCGUGCUCUCGACGGGUGGGACCACGAAAAAGCAGAAGCGAGUGCCCCCGCAGCUUGCGCCCGCUGCCUCCAACCACGACGACGACGAGGAAAAGCCGCCUGCUCCGUCGUCGCCUGUGCGCGUCCCGCGCGUUCCAAGCCGCAAGUCGAGCCCCAAACCUAGACCGACGCCCAUCGCCUCAAUUCCCGAGCCGAGCGCCACUAGCCUUGAGGACGAGGGUCUGGCGUCGCGUGAAACGCCAAUGGGCCCGAACGCGCACUCGCUUCUGGCAAGCGUCAUGGAUGCGUUUGAAAGCCACGAUGUCUCGGUCUCUAUGAACGAAGGUGCUCUCGGUCUCUCGUCGCUGGCAUCCUCGCCACAUGCUGAGAGCAUCGACCAUGACGUCUCGGAUGCUCCGACCAAUGACGAGGAUGACGGCGAUGCCGACGACAGCGACGUGAUCGUGCUCGACGACAGCGACGACGAAGAUCGAGACGACAUGGCGCAUCACGAGGACGACGACACCGUCACGGAGGGCAGCGUCGAAAUGACCAACGACUGGGCAUCCGAGGACGAUGAGCUCGACGAUCUCGACCUGCAAUGGGCUGCGCCGUCGUCGAUGGAUGCGGUCUCGGGCUACAGCACGGAGAUCAAGGACGUGGAAGACAGCAUGGACGGCUCCGCGACGCGCGCCACGUCACCCAGCGACGACGACGAACCCGUGGUCGAGACUGCUCCGACCUUGCGCCUCGCAUCACCCCGUCCCGUGAGCGUGCAGACAAGCCCGGUUCGCAGCCCGCAGAAACUGUCGCCGGUCGUUCACAAUGCUCCACGCCUUGUCGUGUCCCCCGAAAAGAAGACGACAGUAGAGCCCAGCAGCCCGACUCGUUCAUCUACCAGCGCCGACGAUCGUACCAACUCGAUGGUCACGACCACGCCGGUGCCAGAAGACGCAAGCACAACGUGGGGUGCGGCGUUCGGCACUGCCGCACCGCUUUACUCGGCGCAGAUCGUCGACUGCUCGCCGCUAAGCACGUGGUUUCUCUCGCGCGGCCAAGCCAACUUUAUCAAAGCGUCAGGGUCGUCUGCCGUCCAUGCGUCGCCUGCUCCCACGAGUAGUCGUUCGCUGGCUGCAGUACCUACAACGACGACGACUGCCACAGACAGUGCGUUCUAUGCGGCGCUCGCCAAAAGCCACUGGCGAUCAUGGUACGCCAAGCAGCCGGCCCCGUCCCUUUUGGAUGCUCCGCUGGCCGACGUCCCGUCGCCUGUGCGUGUGGCUGUAGAGAACGCCAACACGCUUCAUAGCGCCGCUGCGAGCACCUCGACACGGCGCGCAAAGGCGUUCGAUGGUGUCAUGAACGAGCUCCGGUCGGCGCGCGAUGAGUCGUCGGCGUUUGAGAAGCGCAUGAUCGAGGUGCUGCAGGAAAAACGAUGACGGGCGUCGACUUUAACGAUGCGUAUCGCUCCGUAUUACCGUAACAAAAUAUAAACGACCGCGCUUACGCCUCGU